CGAUAUUACCAAAACGUAGGAGCAUUGCUAGCUGUACUCGGCAUCGGGGUGGAUCUGCGAGAGCGAGAGAGACGGCUGCGUGCCGUGCGUAGAAAAAAAAUAUACACACACACAUACACACAUACACGUACACACACACAUAAGUAGACAGAGAGAAACAGACGGACACACAUAUAUACACGUACACUCACACAUACACACAUACACACACACCAUAUAUACACAAAAACGCACAGAUUUACAUAUAUACGUGUUAAAAAAAAAAAAAAAGGAAAAAGAAACGAAAUAAGAAAACGUGAAAGUUAUAUCAAAUAAUAUGUGAAUCGAAGUAUCAUCAUCGUCAUUAUUAUUAUUACCCUAAUAAUAAUAAUAAUAAUAACAAUAAUGUCUUCGUCUCGCGGUAUGUAUCUCGAUCGUCGAUCGUCCAGUGCACCGAGAUAGUAAUCUCGAGAUUUUUUUCUCUCUUUCUCUUUCUAUCUAUCCAUUUAUCUGUCUCUCUCUCUCUCUCUCUCUCUCUCUCUCUCUUUCUUUCUUUCUCUCUCUCUUUCUUGUGCGCGUUCUCUUACUAUAUCUAUUUCUCGCGAAUAGUAAGUUAUAAUCGCGGGGUUACGUCGAUGCCGUACGACGUCGACGGGCGACGUCUUCGUGCGCUCUUCAUGCGCGCGUCCCUCAGUGUUCAGUGAUUAUUUUAUAUCCGAUUACAAUAAACCAAGGAGAAAUACGAGUAAGGAAGGACAGUAAAGGGUGGAAUUUUAAUUUGAUAGAAAGAAGAACAGACCAGACCAAAGGCACAUAAUAAUAACGCGACUAUAAUAAUUGUAAGGAACGUUGAAAGGCCAACAAGAAAAAAGUAAGGAUGUCGUCGGUGAAAGUAGCGGUGAGGGUUCGACCCUUUAACAAUCGUGAAAUUUCACGUGAAGCACAAUGCAUCAUUGAAAUGUCAGGAAGUACUACUUCAAUAGUAAAUCCGAAAGCACCUGCAGGCAGUAAGGAUGCAAUAAAAAGCUUCAAUUAUGAUUAUUCGUACUUUUCCAUGGACCCAAGCGAUUCUAAUUAUUCCUCGCAAAUUAUGGUCUACAAGGACAUAGGCGAGGAAAUGUUAGAACAUGCAUUUGAAGGCUACAAUGUUUGUAUAUUUGCUUACGGACAAACCGGUGCUGGAAAGUCGUAUACAAUGAUGGGUAAACAGGAGGAGGGUCAAGAGGGUAUUAUACCUCAAAUUUGUAAGGAUCUAUUCCGUAAGAUCAGUCGAAACUCGUCCGAACAAUUAAAAUAUUCGGUUGAGGUAAGCUACAUGGAGAUUUAUUGCGAGAGGGUAAGGGAUUUGUUAAAUCCAAAGAACAAAGGAAAUUUACGUGUACGAGAACAUCCUCUUCUUGGACCAUACGUUGAGGAUCUUUCAAAAUUAGCAGUGAUGUCAUAUCAAGAUAUUCACGAUCUCAUAGACGAAGGAAACAAAGCCAGAACGGUCGCAGCCACAAAUAUGAACGAGACAUCCAGCAGAUCGCACGCGGUCUUUACAAUCUUCUUCACACAACAAAGACAAGAUUCAACGACCGGAUUAGCGACAGAGAAAGUUAGUAAAAUAUCACUUGUCGAUCUGGCCGGUUCUGAAAGAGCGGACUCGACUGGUGCAAAGGGUACAAGGUUGAAGGAAGGUGCAAAUAUAAACAAGAGUCUUACUACACUUGGAAAAGUUAUCAGUGCAUUGGCCGAGAUCGCUACUAAGAAAAAAAAGAAGGCUGACUUCAUCCCCUACAGAGACUCAGUUCUAACAUGGUUAUUACGUGAAAAUCUUGGUGGUAAUUCGAAGACUGCAAUGAUAGCAGCAGUCAGUCCAGCCGACAUCAAUUACGAUGAAACUUUAUCAACGUUAAGAUACGCGGAUCGAGCGAAACAAAUCGUUUGCAAAGCUGUGGUCAACGAGGAUGCAAACGCUAAACUCAUUCGAGAGCUUAAAGAAGAAAUACAGAAACUACGUGAACUUCUCAAACAAGAAGGGAUCGACGUACAAGAAGGGCCAGAUGGCAAAGUCACUUAUGAAAAGAAAGAGCCUAGGGAUGAAAUCAUUCGAACGAAUAAACGCGAGGACGAUUACAAAGAAUCUCGUUCAAGAAUUCCCUCGCACACAACUUCGACUAUCGCCGAAGAAGCGGUUGAUCAAUUACAAGCAUCAGAAAAAUUAAUAGCCGAAUUAAACGAAACAUGGGAAGAAAAAUUGAAGAGAACCGAAUCGAUUCGACUCCAACGCGAAGCUGUUUUUGCUGAAAUGGGUGUAGCAGUGAAAGAGGAUGGCGUUACAGUUGGUGUAUUUUCUCCAAAGAAAACACCACACUUGGUGAAUCUAAACGAGGAUCCAUUGAUGUCGGAAUGUCUUAUUUAUUAUAUAAAGGAUGGUUUCACACGUAUCGGAAGUGCCGAAGCUAAUAUACCACAGGAUAUACAACUUUGUGGUCCUCAUAUAUUGAGCGAGCAUUGCGUAUUUGAAAAUCACGAAGGUGUUAUCACUCUGAUGCCUAAGAAAGAUGCAUUGAUUUAUGUAAACGGUCGUGAAAUAACCGAACCGAUCGUACUGAAAACUGGAUCGCGCGUAAUCCUUGGGAAAAAUCAUGUAUUUAGGUUCAAUCAUCCUGAUCAAGUACGUGAACGAAGAGAGAAAAAUUCGCCCGCUGAGACACCCGGCAACGGUGAGACCGUUGACUGGAACUUCGCACAAAUUGAAUUAUUAGAGAAACAAGGUAUCGAUCUUAAAUUGGAAAUGGAAAAGAGAUUGUUAGUACUAGAGGAACAAUUUCGAAAGGAAAAAGAAGAGGCUGAUCAGUUCUUCGAAGAACAACGUAAGAGUUACGAAGCACGAAUAGAUGCCUUGCAGAAGCAGGUAGAAGAACAAAGUAUGACUAUGUCAAUGUAUAGCAGUUACACACCAGAGGACUUCAAUAAUACCGAAGAAGAUAUAUUCGUCAACCCCUUGUUUGACGCAGAGAGCAACUGGACCGAGAGAGAUUUCCAACUGGCCGCUUGGGCCUUCCGCAAAUGGAAGUAUCAUCAAUUUACUAGUCUACGAGAUGACCUCUGGGGCAACGCGAUAUUCCUCAAGGAAGCUAAUGCGAUUUCGGUCGAACUUAAGAAAAAGGUUCAGUUCCAAUUUACACUAUUAACAGAUACCCUUUACUCUCCGUUACCCGUUGAUCUUUUACCAAUUGCAACCGACGGCGAAGACGAAGAAGAAAGACCGUUUCCUCGCACAAUCGUUGCAGUUGAAGUUCAGGAUACAAAGAAUGGCGCUACACAUUAUUGGACCUUGGAAAAAUUAAGGCUGAGGUUAGAACUCAUGCGUGAAAUGUAUCACAAUGAGGCAGAACUUUCACCAACGUCCCCAGAUUUUAAUAUCGAAACUAUCACGGGUGGUGAUCCAUUUUACGAUCGUUUCCCUUGGUUCCGCAUGGUUGGAAGAUCAUUCGUAUAUCUAAGUAAUUUGAUGUAUCCUGUACCACUUAUUCACAAAGUGGCAAUAGUCAACGAGAAAGGAGAUGUCAAAGGUUAUUUACGAGUAGCCGUACAAGGUGUCGUUGGAGAAGAAAAUAGUGAAUAUUCUAGCGGCGUUAGACAGUCGGCUCAUAUUUCUUUCGAAGAUGAUUUAUUCGGUGGACACAAACAUAACAAACGCAACACUCUUCUAACUCAAACUUUGGAAAAGAAUCGUCAAAUACUCAUCAACGAUGAUCGCGUGAUAGGACAUAACGAAUUACACAAGGAUUUGAAAGAUGAGGAUGACAUAGGUGAUGCCGAUAGUGGAAGAGGUGAUAGUUCAGUUUCCAGCGAUAUGAAGGAGGAAGAUCUACCAGAUCAUUUACAACUCGGUGCAGAAUUUACAUUCAGAGUUACGGUGUUACAGGCUAUGGGUAUUUCGACCGAGUAUGCAGAUAUUUUCUGUCAAUUCAAUUUCUUACACCGACACGACGAAGCAUUUUCAACGGAACCGGCAAAGAACACCACCAAAGGAAAUCCACCUGGAUUUUAUCAUGUACAAAAUAUUACAGUUACGGUCACGAAAUCUUUCUUGGAAUAUCUUAAAUCACAACCGAUUGUAUUUGAGAUCUUUGGACAUUAUCAGCAACAUCCGUUACACAAGGAUGCUAAACUAGAAUACGUACGACAACCACCGAAAAGGAUGUUACCACCGUCAAUACCGAUCAGUCAACCUGUACGUUCACCAAAGUUUGGUAGCGUUUUACCAUCACCAAGUACUUCACACGUUCAUGCAAAAUACGAUGUGCUCGUAUGGUUUGAAAUUUGCGAGUUAGCACCAAACGGUGAAUACGUUCCAUCUGUUGUCGAUCAUAGCGAUGAUUUACCUUGCCGUGGAUUAUUCCUCCUUCAUCAAGGGAUUCAACGUCGUAUUCGUAUCACGAUCGUACACGAGCCUGCUUCCGAAUUACGAUGGAAAGACGUAAGAGAACUCGUUGUAGGUCGUAUUAGGAAUACACCAGAACCGGAAGAAGAGGACAACGACUCCUCCGUACUUUCAUUGGGAUUAUUCCCAGGUGAAUAUCUUGAAGUUCCAGGUGACGACAGAUGUAUGUUCAGAUUUGAAGCAGCCUGGGACAGUUCUUUGCACAAUUCGGCCUUGCUUAACAGGGUCACGUCUUACGGUGAACAAAUAUUCAUGACUAUCUCCGCAUACCUUGAGUUGGAGAAUUGUGGUAGACCAGCAAUCAUUACAAAAGAUCUAAGCAUGAUUAUUUAUGGCAGAGAUGCCAGGGUCGGGCCAAGAUCUUUGAAACAUCUGUUCAGUGGAAGUUAUCGAAAUCAAGAAGCGAAUCGGCUUAGCGGCGUCUAUGAAUUGGUGCUGCGACGUUCAUCGGAAGCAGGUAGCCCAGGCGUACAAAGGCGACAACGUCGUGUAUUAGACACGAGUUCUACGUACGUCAGAGGCGAAGAAAAUCUUCACGGCUGGAGACCACGAGGAGACAGUUUGAUCUUCGAUCACCAAUGGGAACUUGAGAAAUUAACGAGAUUGGAAGAGGUUGAAAGGGUCAGACAUACUCUACUUUUAAGAGAGAAACUUGGCAUCGACAAAAUGCCCAUGUGCAAUAAACCAUUACACGAUUUCACGAAAAGCGAAAAGGAGGUUUGUAACAUGGUAGCAAAAGCUACGAACGAAUCACACGCCAGCCCGGUCAAACUCAAACGUUCAACCAGCAAAGACGUUUAUGAACCUUGGGAAAUGACUGACAGGGAGAGAGAAUUGGCAACUAAAUAUAUUAAACUUAUCCAAGGUAGAAUUCCAAGCAAAGAACCGAUUUUAUUAUCAGACGUUUCGCCAGGAGAAGAUACGAUGGGUGAUAUGUCGGCAUCCAUGCUAUCAUCGGUUUUGUCUUCAUCGUCACAAGAAUUGAGUUCACCCGAAAGAGCCAAAUUGCAAGAACUUCAAGAAAGCAUAUUGGCUAGCGAGACAAUUGGUCAAUCGUGUACAGCACCUGCUCCAAUGGGAUCGUCCUCACCUUCUAAAGAAAAUCUAGUGUUGUAUGUACCGGAAGUCGAAGAGAUACGUAUCAGUCCUGUCAUUGCUAGGAAAGGAUAUUUGAAUGUUUUAGAACACAAGACUAAUGGAUGGAAAAAACGUUGGGUUGCAGUACGUCGACCAUACGUUUUGAUCUUCCGAGAAGAAAAAGAUCCCGUAGAAAGAGCUUUGAUUAAUUUAGCAACUGCUCAAGUAGAAUACUCGGAGGAUCAGUUGGCUAUGGUGAAAGUACCAAACACGUUCAGCGUCGUGACAAAACACCGUGGUUAUCUUCUUCAGACUUUAGGUGACAAGGAAGUAUACGAUUGGUUGUACGCUAUCAAUCCACUUCUAGCUGGCCAGAUAAGAUCAAAAUUGGCACGCAAAGGCCCGGUUACUAGAUCCUUAAACAACGUUUCACCGACUGGUGUAACUUCGGCGUCGGAACAACAAUCGAAUCAAACCAAGUGAGUGAUCGAUGCCUUGCUGGAGGUAACCGGCGCCGUUGCAAGAGCCUCCAAGAAAAUAUUCCGUUGGCCAAAAGCGACAUUUUCGGCCCAGGACUUCUAUAGUUUUCGAUUUUCAGUAGUCAUCGAGUGAUCGUCGCGACAAGAGAACGUCGUCGACGAGGUUAUUCGCUAAACCGACGAUCUUGAUAUCUCGGAAUCUCGUUUAAGGAUACAUACGUUAUUUUAUCAUACACAGACAAACACAUUUACACAUACACACAUAUACACACAAGGAUACAUACAAAAUACUUACAAAAAUACACACGUAAUCGCGUAUACACGAGAUAGGCGCUAAUAUACCAAAUGAAAAGAAAAACAAGGAUAUAAUACAGAAAAGAAAAGAAAGAAGAAACUGAACGAUCGCGUAAACCAGAAAAAAACUAAUAAUAAAGCAAAAUAAUAAAGCAAAAUAAAUAAAUGCCCUGCUUACUUCGCCUACGUGCAGGAUUGAAAAAAAAAAAAAAGUAAAAAAGAAAAGCGAAAUACAUUCUCUUCUAUGAAUAGCAACAUGCUGAAAAGAAAAAAAUAAAAUAAAAUAAUAAUAAUAAUAAAAAAAAAAUCAUUGUACCUUUUAGCGUUUUAGCCGAGAGCACUUUCGCGGUUCGCGUUUCUCGGUACGUUUCGAUUUCUUGCGAAAUGUCGCCGACGAGACACAGCAAGGAAAGUUCGCAGGGAAUUUCAUAAAUCAGUCUACAUGUAUAUUUCUAUUUAUUCUCUUUCAUUUUCUUCUUGGUACUUUUUUUUUUCUUUUUUUUUCUUUCUUUCUUUCCUUCUCUUCUUUUUUUUUCUUCUAUCCCUUUUCUUCUUUCCGCUUCCAAUCUUAUGGAAGAAAAAAAAGGUAUUCGUUAAAUCUCUCGAAAAGACGUGCGUCCAAAAACACAUUGGUGGUGUUUGCGUGUUGAAUGCGUUUAUGCCUAAUAUUGUGAAGUGCGUUUAGAGGGAAAAAAAAGAAAUAAGGAAGAAGUAGAACAAGAAGGAAAGAGUGUUGGGAAGAAUGGUAGAAGGGGUGAGGGUGGGAGAAGGGGGAGGAUAGACGAGAGAAAACUCUCUUAUCUCAUUUUUAAAUAAUUAUUUAUUUGCCGAUCACAUAUACGAAAUACGACGCAUAUAUAUAUAUACAAAAUAAACAUAGACACACAUACAAACACGUAUACACAUACAUACACACAUUACCAAAGAAGAACCACAUCGAUGAGUAUGUAAACAAAUUGAAUUACUAUUAAAGUAUGUAUAUGUAUAUCGUUACGAGGUGUCCUUUAUUUGUUAUAUGAAGGAGGUGAGAUAAUCUUUAGGAGAUUAUAACGAAAAGAAAUUAUUUUCCAUUAUAUAUCGACGUGUGUGUUUCACGUGCAGCUCACGCGUUUCAGCUUUCAUCCUUAUCAGACAUUUCUAUGUGCUGUAGUAUCCAUUUAAAAAAAUGCCUCGUUCGAAAUGGUGCACAAGUGUAAAAAAAAAAAAAAGCGAGAAAAAAGAAAGAGCGAGAGGGAGAGAGAGAGAGAGAGACAAUGUUUGCGAGGGAAGGAAAGAGAGGUGGGGAAAGAAUAAAACCUUAAAAAAAAAUGCAGAGAUAGAUUGAGAGAGAGAGAGAGAGAGAGAGAAAGGAGACAGAAAGAUGAUGAUGAUGGCGUCGGAUGACGUAAUGUUUAAAAAUGGAAUUAAAAAUCUCUCUUCAUAAUCUCGGAGAGAUCGUGUUAAGACUGCAAGAGGCUCUGUAGUAGUACUUAACUAUUCUUCUCUUAUCGAAGCUUUCGUUCUUGUUGUAUGUCUAAACGCAAUCGUUUAACUCGUAGAAAAACUCGAGGAAACGAUUAUGUAAAAUAUGUUAUUUACGAUUAUAAGUAUAAAAGAUGAUAUAUCUCUUUCAUGUGAGCGGAGGAUAGAGUGAUAUUCUACGAUUAAAAUGGACAAUGAAAUUGUGAAUUAAUGUCAUUUUGAACAUUUGAUUAUUAUAUAUAAUGACCGCAUUCGAACGAUUAUAAGCGAUAACAUUGCCCUAAGCGCUUCGCGACUUUCUUCUAGGGAAAGUAAUAAGAGGAAAAAAAAAAGAUGAAAAGAAAAAGAAAAAGAUAAAAAAAGGAGUAUAAAGAGUAUAAAUCUUUUACUUAUCUGGACCUACCGUGUCAAAGAUGAUGAAAAUAAAAAUGAUCUAUGACCGAUAUGGAAAUACAGCAUUUCUGUCUAUUGCAAUGAGUUUCUCGGCAAAACCCUUUUUACUCGGAGUUAGUUAGUUACAAAUUGUUAUUAUCGUUUAAUAGUAGCAAAUGAUGACAAACAAUAUAUAUGCCCGCCAUAUCAUUUCGAGUAAAUAUAUUCGAGUAAUAAAGCGAUAGUGUACAAGAAAAAACAAUUAAAAAAAAAAAACAAGGAACAGAAAAGGAAACACACAGCAUGCUAUUGAAGCAUAUUUAAAAAGCAUAGAAUUUUUUCUGUUAAUUUUUUCUUAUUAAUAUACAAUUUAUUAGCUAGAUAAUAUGAUAUAUAUAUAUAUAUAUAUAUAUAUAUAUAUAUAUACACACACACACACAUAUCGUAUUAUAACCAUCAUUAUAUAUAUAUGUGUGUGUGCGCGUGUGUAUAUGUUUUACAGAGGAAUACUUCGAGUAUAAAGGGUUAGAUAUAUGAAAUAUUUUAACAAUGCAUGCACACGUAUUACCUCGAACAAAAGUAAUAUGUAUAUGUUAGAUAUUAUUUGUUAUUCAGUUCCUUUUUUUUUUUUUUUUUUUUAUUAGAUCGCGUUUCGAAACUGAAUUUAAAAUACUCGAAUCAUUGGUAUAAAAAGUGUAUGUAAUAGAAAUCAAUCGAUAAAUAGGAAAAAGACAAAGGUACAAAAAAAAGGGAUGACGGGGAGAACGGAGAAAGGAAGGGGGUGGGGGUUGCAUCUAACUUGGACCAAAUUUUGUUAUAUAGAUUAUUUUAUUAUUCUUGAUUACUAUUUUUGAAAAAUGUUAUAUAUAGAUAUUUCAAAUCUUAUUUCCAUUUCUCAUUUUCUCUUUUUUUAUUUGAUUCGUAAAAUUGAUCGAUUUAAAAAUAUAAUCGAUUUUUUUUUUUUUUUUUUUUUUUUUUGACAGAAUCUUCUCGUAUACUUCGAAGCAGUAUUAUUAAUAUUCUUACUUUUUUUUCUUUUGACACAUUUCUUAUAGCAAGAGUGCAAUGUUAAUAAUCGAUCUUUCGAAUCGGUGUAACGAACCAUUUCGUUAUAAACAAAAAAUUUGUUUUUAUAUCUUUAAGAAGAUAGAAAAAGAGAGAGAGAGAGAGAGGGAGAGAGAGAGAAUGUAUGUUAUUAGAUGAGAGGACAUAAUUGUGUAAUAGGAUGACGUAGCCAAAAAAGACAGAAAUGAAUAAAAAAAAAGUCCCCACGAAAAAAAACGAUCAAUAAAAAUAUCCAAUCUGAUUGAUAUAAUUCUCUCUCGUUCAGUAUUAUUUAAUUACUUUUUUCGUUUUAUGUUUUUGUUACUUUCUGCUCGAGAUUAAUCGAUGGGGCUAAGUCAUCCUAAUCCUGUCACGCAAACUUUUGGCUUCAUAAUUGUUGAAAAAUAAGUUCGACGAAUCUUCGACACCAUUGACAUUUUCGCUUUGCUAAAUGUCGUGUUUCAUAAGGCUGUAUACAUAUGUAUAUAUGUAUAAAUUAUUAGUAUUAUUAUUUAAUUUAAUUUAAUUUAAUUUAAUUUAAUUUAAUUUAACUUAAUUCGAUUAAUUUUGUAUCGACGACGACGAUAGACACAGACACAGACACAGAUAUACACACACACACACACAUACACAUGGCGUAACACAUAUGUAGGUACAUACAUAUAUACAUACAUAUAUGUAUGUGUUGUACUUGAUAUCGUUCAUUACCCUCGUCGUAAUACAUAAUGUAGAACGAGAGACAGAAAGUAAAGGAAGAAAAAUGUGUAAAGAAGAAAAAUAUGCAAAGAAGAAGAAGAAUAAGAACAAGAACAAGAAGAGGAGGAGAAGGCGAAAAAAGAAGAUUAAAAAAAAAGGGAAAGAAAAAACGAGAAGAAAAAGAAGAAAAUGAAAUAGUGCGGCAGAGAAUUUUUCUUAACUUUGAUCUUAGAUCGUGUUGAGGAAAACGAAAAAGAAAACUUAUUAAUAAUUGAAGAACGACUAUAAAGAGUAUAAAGAGAGAGAGAUAGAGAGAAAGAAAGAAAAGGGGGAAGAAAAAUAUCGUUAAGGGUUGCAAGAGAGAAAGAGAAAGAAAAAAAAAUAAAAUAAAAUAAAAACAAAAUAUAAUAUAAUACGAGAAAGAGAAAGAGAGAAGAGAGAGAGAGAGAGAGAGAGAGAGAGAGAGAGAGAGAGAGAGAGAUAGAAAAUCGGAAAACGAUAAUUUGAGAGUGCUUAUGCGUGCGUGUGCGUUCGUAUGCGUGUGUGAUGCGUGUGUGUGCGCGCACGUCUGUAUUGUAGCCUCGCGUCGUCGACGAUGUAUCGAAAUGUUUCUUCAAAAGUAAAAAAUAUGCAACAGUUGCAAUGUUUCAAGCACAGCUUAUAAAAAGCGGAUUUAAACAUAAAAGAGAUGACAAAAGAAAAAGAGAGAGAGAGAGAGAGAGAGAGAGAGAGAUAAAGAGAUCUCGAUAAGACGAUGCACACGCGUUUCUCCCACCUUUCUAUGUAAUUAUUAUCAUCAUCAAUUUGUUUCUUUUUUUUUUUUUUUUUUUUCUUUAAAUUAAUUCCUCUUACCUUAAUCUUGUUUUUGGUGGAGGAGAGGGAGAGGGGGUGGUGGUGAAAUUUACAUAAAAUGAAGUACAUUUUAAUUAUUUCUUUAUCCUCCUAUUAAACGUUCUUUCUUUUUCUUCUUUUUUGUUUAUCUUAUCGAAAUGUGAAAAAUGAAAUUGCAGAUUGAAAGAGGAAGAAGAAUCGAUCGCGAAGAAAUAAAAUUUUGAUAAAUCUUUUUAUAAAUUAAUAGACGUUCGUCAUAUAGAUCGAUAUAUACUACAUAUGUGUAUAUAUAGGUUUUGUCAACUUUCCCCUAAACCUCCCUCCCCUUUCCCUACCGCCCCCGUUUUCUUCGUGCACCACCGAUCGUUGGUGACCUCAUUAAGCGCCUAACUUUAAUAAUGAAAUAAAUAAUCGACCGACGAACGAGCAUCACCCGUAUAAAAUCGUAAUAUCGCUCUUUGUAUUUAUCAUAUCGUAUAAUUCUGUAUAAAGUGCUUGUUAUAAAUGUAAACGAUGUAAUAUUUACGUUGAUCGAUUUGUUGCAACGAUAAUUACGCGAAUAAUUGCGUCGAGUAUUAAUUAUUAGCUGACUUAAGACAUAAGUCGCAUUGUAAAGUUUAGGCUAAGAGACGGAUUAAUCGUUAUUACGACGAAGUUAUCGAUAUCUUACAGCUAUUAUUAUUAUUAUUAUUAUUAUUAUUAUUAUUAUUAUUAUUAUUAUUAAAAUUCGACUUUAUCUGUUCUAUAAAUAAAAAUCACUUCGAAGUAUUGUGGGUUGCAUUAAGAACACUAUAUAACAAUAACAAAAAUUAUAUUGACAAAUGAACGAAAUGAGUUAGAAUGAAAAUAUGAGUGAGUCGUUUUAUGUACACGAUUUCCCUCAUUUAUUUAUUUAUUCAUUUAUUUAUUUAUUUAUUUCUCUAUGUAUCUAUCUAUCUAUCUAUCUAUCUAUCUAUCGAUUUAUUUAUUUAAUUUUAAUUAAUUUAUCUCGUUGAGAAUCGUUUGAAACGUAUAAUAUUGGCUACAGUACAGAUGGAGGAUUAAACUUUGUAUGUACACGUGUGUGGCUCGUAUGUAUACGCAUAGCGUAUAUAUAUGUAUAUACUAUACCAUGCAUACACGGUAGAAAGAAAGAAAGAGAAAGAAAGAGAGACAGAGAUAAAGAGAGAGAGAGAGAAAGAAAGAGAGAGAGAGAAAGAGACGAAAUAUAUAUUAUAUGAAUAUAUAUAUAUAUAAAUAAAUUUAAUAUUAGCGUGAAAAGACUUUCUUAAGUGGCUAAAGAUCAUCGAAAUUCGUUGAAAAAGAGCAACGCUCGCGAUACCAUCUGUAUGUACCAAUCUUUCGACUAAAUAGUUAAUAUGCAAUAUGUCGAAAUAGUUACAGCAAAAACAAUACUUAAUCCUUUAUCAUUAUAAUAAUAAUAAUUAUUAUAGUUAUAAUUAUACUUGUAAUUAUAAUUAUUAUUAUUAUUGUCAUCAUUAUUAUUACUACUACUGUUAUAAUUAUUAUUGUUGUUGUUGCUGUUAUUACUAUUAUUAUUAUUAUUAUUAUUAGCAUCAUCAUCAUCAUCAUCAUUUUCAUUAUCCUUGAUAUAUUGUUAUUAUUAUUAUUAUUAUUAUUAUUAUUAUUAUUAAUUAUUAUUAGUAUUAUUAUUAUUUAUAUUAAUAGUAUGAAUUAUAGUCCCACUUGUUUAACUUUCACAACCACCUAGAAUCAUCCUUCUAAAACAUCAUCAUUGCCAUCGUUAAUCAUCGCGAACGCGUUGUCAUCUAUAAACAACUUAACAGCCUUUUAAAUGAAAGAUCAAACUUCUCAUGCUUCUAUUUUAUAUCACCGUGAAGAGUUGUAUAAGGCGACGUUUUAAAAUUAAGAUUAUGCACACCACAACAUCUUGUAUUUUAACUCGAGUAAUAUAAAGAUGUAACAUGUAUGUCUACCAUCUCUCAGUGUCUCUUCAGAACCGAACACGUGCUCCCUGCUGUUAAAAAAGAACAAAAAGAAGGGAAAGAAAGAAAAAAAUUAAUAAUAGACAAAGUAAUUUAUAAAAGCAAGGCUAUUGAUAUACAUACAUACAUAUAUAUAUAUAUAUAUAUAUAUAUAUAUAUAUAUAUAUAUAUAUAAAUAUUGAUUAUAUAAUCGAUGAACUCAUAUGUUCGUUUCAAUAAGAACUAUGUAUGUAUAUGGAGGAGCGCGUGUGGCCUCGUCUAGUUCAUUAUUGCAUAGUUUCAUUUAUUAAUUCUUUGUUGUUUUUAUUAAUUUAUUUUGUAUUAGUAUCAUUACACCAAUUAGUUUCUAAUUAGUCUUUUUAUCACAUAGAAUUUUUAAUGUACUAGAUACGUAAGAGUCUCUUUGUAAGGAAUGUACAAAAAAAUACGUGCGCACGUAUGUCGCGUGUAUGAUAGAUAUCGAAAGAAUAUUUUCAUUGUUUCGUUUGAAAUAAUAUUGCAAAUUUUUAUUUUGUAUCGUUUCGAAAGAAUGAGUGACGUCAACAUCACAUUCUUUAAUUAUAAUUUUUUUUUAGAAAAAUAAAACUUAAACGUAUGCUACUUAUCGAUCGUA